AUGUCAGCUCUCAGCGCGUUGCCUUUCCUGAAGCCCGUUCACCUGAGGUCCCCCCGCAGCUUGCCCGGGGGCCAGCGCCGGCACACGCUGCCCGCCAGCGAGUUCCGCUGCCUCAGCCCCGAGGAUGCCGUCAGCGUGUUCGAGAUCGAGCGGGAAGCCUUUAUAUCCGUCUCCGGGGACUGUCCCCUUCACCUGGACGAGAUCCGCCACUUUCUGAACCUGUGCCCGGAGCUCUCCAUGGGCUGGUUUGAGGAAGGGCGGCUCGUGGCCUUCAUCAUCGGCUCCCUCUGGGACCAGGAGAGGCUCAGCCAG